CCCAUAUACCGGCGUCCCAGUGUUGACAGCGGAGUUCAGCCCACACUGAGUCCAACCCAUCUAAUAUCGCCUGCGCUCGAGAACAAAAGACGAGGGAGACUGCAAAGAGAAGGAAAAAAAAAAGAAAAGGAAGGAUAGAAAACUUGCAGUGAGCCUGGUGACAUCUCUUUCAUUCUUCCACUUCUUCGUCUUCUAUUCCUAUCUCUCUCUCUUUUUCUGUCUUUUGGCCCUGGCCUUCUCCAUACCUCGAUAACCUCCUGCCUCCUGCUUCAUGCAGCCGCACCACAACCAGCUUCGGCUGCUGUAGCCUACGCCUUGUGGCCUUGCUUAAGCGGUGAACCACGUUGAACCACCUUUUCGAAACCCGCCAUAAAACCAUCAAACCCGCUCCCAGCAUCCUUGCCUCCUCAAUUACCAUUCCAACCGACUUCCUGUACUGCGGUACCCAGACAACAAGCGUGGGUCAGACGACGGCCGCCCUGACCAGUCCUGAGAUCCAUUCGAUAUACUCGGUCCGCACCUCAAGACCACUCAGCUGCGGUGCUGCAGACCAAAACCCGACUCUCUCCUCCUGCACUCGUCCUUCAUAUCAUCUGACAAGCCCACACUGCACAGCAGCAAUAUCCCACCCUCGUUCUUCUUGAAACAUUGAGUCUCUUUGUAGCGCGGGCGGGCUCACCGGGUGCGAUAUUUUCCAAAACACCUGGUGCUCUGGUUUUCCUUCACCGCCUCCCCAAGGUUCUUCUACCUCCCGAGCCUCCGAAGUCUCCCACCUCUCGCACCCCGGUCGAUGGCCCAUCACCAAUAACAUCCACCGGUUUUCCGAAUUCCCACCAAAACCUCUUCCAUCUCUUCUGUACCACCGUCACACAUCACACCUACGCAACGACACAUACUGCCUGCACAACUUCAAUGUCCGAUUGCUGUUGGCCGAGUUCUCUACGCUGCUGUGCUGCCCGACUCGGCGGAGGCCGCUGAUUCGAUUGUGGAGGACGAUUGUGCCCCUCACUCGUAUCAGCGUCCUACUGGAAGGCAACCUCCGCCAUAAUGGGCAUUCGACCAAGCCAUGCCGAACACAAUCCACUGAGACAAGUCGAUUCCGAGCCGCAUCACCAACAUCCCAAACACUCGCUUAGAUUCGGCAUGUGGCAGAAGAUCCAACAUUUCUUUGCCAAAGAUGACGCCACCCAAAGCCCCAUCGAGUGCUCCGACGACGAGCCGUGGCCGCAGACCUGGGCUGACAGACAGAAUUCGGUCAAACAAGAUUCCUUCACCAGGCCGCUCGCCGUCGGUCUCCCCCGGCAGGCCACAUUCCGACGUCAGAAUUCAGAAAGGCGAGAUCGAUUGUUACCCAUCGAGCCUUGUCAUGCUGAGAGGAGAGCCGUUUCUUCGACCAGGCACGCCUCUAUAAGCUUACCCCGACGACGAGCGACUUCUUCGCCACCCCAUUGGGAUUCGGCUCGGACCUCUGCACCCGCAGUAACUGGAGUCAACAGGGUCGAUGCCGGCGCUGGCGAUUCUCCCGUUGAAGCCAUUCCCCCGUCUCUGGAUUCGACGUAUCCCGACCCGCCCGAGGACCUCUGGUCUCAAGACGACUACCGACCCCCCCGGCCCCCUUCGAGAACUUCUUCUGAUGACUCCCACUAUCCUCAAAUGCCUGUAACCGACGACAAGGCCGAACUGAGGGACGAACUUGAUCACCGAUGGAUCCUCAACCUCAGCAUGCACUUCCGAGAUAAGUCUGACCGUGAAAAGUUCUUCGUCACAUAUGCACAGACUCCCAACUUCUGGCGGCGGGUGACCAUUUCGUGUGACUAUCGCAAUGCUGAACCAGGUUCCCUGGAGAUGGACCUCAAAGAACUCCAGUUUCAACGGGAUAAGAGCAUGCAAAUCUACGAGUCAAUACGUGAUUCGCUCCCUGAGAUCCAAUUUUAUGACACCGUCACUAACCUCAAGUUGGAGACUACGGAUGGCCGUCUCCAUGUCCAUGUGACCGAGGAUGUCAACGAGAUCAUUCCAUACCCCCCCAAAACUACACUCUCCCAUAUCCUCAACGACGAAGCCUUUCGACCUAUGCGGGUCCGAGAAAGUGAGCUGACCUUCGACUCGCACCUGUCCGGGUUUGUUUACAAGGUUCUACACAAGGGUACAGUCUACAUCAAGAAAGAAAUUCCCGGUCCGGAUACGGUGGACGAAUUUUUGUAUGAAAUCAAUGCUCUACAUGCACUGCAUGAUUCGGACCAUGUCAUCAAGCUCGAAGCUAUUGUCCUUGACGACACAGAAUCCGUCGUCAAGGGGCUUUUGAUCGGCUACGCGGAAAGGGGCGCGAUUGUGGAUCUCCUUUACGACCACAGAGGUGCAAUCGCGUGGGAGGAUCGCUGUAGGUGGGCGGAGCAGGCAGUUCGUGGUCUCAGUGAGAUACACCAAGAGGGUUACGUUCAAGGUGAUUUCACACUUUCCAACAUCGUCGUCGAUGGGGAUGGAAAUGCCAAGAUCAUCGAUAUCAAUAGGCGAGGUUGCCCUGUUGGGUGGGAGCCCCCCGAAAUUGCCACUAAAAUUGCCAGCAACCAGCGGAUUUCCAUGUAUAUCGGCGAAAAGUCCGACAUUUACCAACUCGGGAUGACUUUGUGGGCUUUGGCAAUGGAUGACGAUGAACCGGAACGACAUGUGCCACCUCUGAGUGUUGAAGAAUUCCCCUCCGACGUACCCAACUGGUAUCAAGAUAUUGUUCGGAUCUGCCUAUCCUCCCGUCCAAGGGACCGAUUAUCCGCCAAAGAACUGGUCGGGCUAUUCCCAUCAAGGAUCUCCAGCUCAUCUGAACAAAUCCCGCCGCACCAGCGACCCGCACUGAAAUUGCGUACAAUGAAGAAAUACAUAGACCCGGCGGAUGCGGUUGAGCGCGACGACAUACUCCGGUUGAGGUCAAAUGUUCAACAGCACGAGGAUCCUCCUUACUCGCCGGAAAGUUCAAGAGAUGACUAUACGUUUACGUAUCCGAAGUCAUCAAACUAUGAGUUCGAGAGUGAGACCUCUGGCUACGAUAGACCCAGAGGCAGAAGGCCACCCACUAACUAUGCACAUCUUGGAAAGAACGAGAGACAUCAUUGGGAAUCCGAGGAGGAGGGCCCCACCCCAACCGAGGACCUGGAACCGAACAUCGUGGCUAUUUCUCCAGGGAUGGAUCGAGAAUUUGAUGAGCUCGAACUCGACGGUCAUCCUUAUUUGAUAUCGCGCCGCACCUUCAACGACGAAGAAUUGAAGAUCUUAGAGGGGCUUCCACAAGCGGAGAGUAGCUUUCCAGACCAAGAACACCUUCCCGAGAACGGUGCUACCGAAUCGACCAACUUCGCCGACAUUUUUCACCCUCUACCGGCUCGAAGGCCUUCGCUUCUGGCUGCAACUUCUGCAACAUCUGAAAGUACGCCUAGGAAUAGUCAGGAUAUCCUUGCUACUUUGGCCCAGUAUCGGCCUGAAAAUUCUGAAUGCCUGGAAAAUUCGACUGAGCAGCUGAAUGAUGGGUCCAUGGACUUGAAGAAUAACGCCGAGAACGUGAAAAAUCCGACCGAAGAAGACCUGAAGACUGUUCCUCAGAAGUCCAGUGACGUGUCGCAAAGUCCAGGGGACGGGUUCGGUCGCCCAGAGAACUACCCCCAGUAUCCCGGUGAGCACCUUGAGAUUGUGCCUCAGGACCUGGAAAAUCCAACGCAUAUCAUGGAGGAUUCGGUGGAGACAAUAGAACGCUCGAUGGAGAAGCCAGAGGAGUCGACAGACCACUUGACAAACUCUACAGUACACCUGGAAUCCUCAACGGAGGACCCAGAGAAUGCAGGAGUUCCGAUGGACAAUAUUCAAAGGGCGCCUGAACAAGUUGAAAACCACCCCGAAACCCCAAAUAUAACUACAACGAAUACUCAGCAGAUGCUCGAGUUAGUGGACAAAGACCCUCAGAAACCAGAGACUCCUACAGAGACACUGCAGGCGGCGACCGAGGAAGUAGAGCAGACGCCUGAGAAUCCGGAGCGCAAUGUUCAGAAAUUGGAGAAAGAGACUGACCACAUUUGUCGAAGUAGCGACUAUGGCACUUCCAUCAACGACCAUAACUUGUUUGUCAGGGAUCAUCGGGACUCUGUUGCAUCUAUCUGUGGGAAUAUCAUUCCUCACAAAACGAUGGAUCAACCCUCAAGCACAGCAACGAGCAAACCUCCGAGCCUUCCAUUCAUGGACAGUGGCUAUGGUGAAGCGCUCGCCGACAUCGGUGACGAUAGGGAUUUUCCUCUCAUACCAUCAGCCGCUCAGGACAAUCAAUUGCCAUCAAGAUCAGACAAGACAAGUAAGCCAGAGAACAGAUCCUUGCCCGCUGAUGACCAUCGGCUUGCUGAGGGGACCCUCAGGCCCGGUGAACAACACGAAGGAGCCAGAUUGUUCGCACGUACUGGCAACGAUGCUAUUGGCUCCAAGGAACCUGGGCUCUUUGCUCCUCUCACAGAUACGGCGGAAAAAGGCCUAAUAAGCCCUUCGUCGCCAGGGAAAGAGCCAUCCGUUAACCCCAAACCAGACGAUACAUCACAACCGGGGCUACCAGGCGAGUGAAGCAUGACAAGAGUCCGGCUGAGGAAGAAGGUCACUUCCAUCCCAUCAACCAGCUGCACAGUCCCAUGACGGAUUGAUUCUCUUGUCUGGGCAAGAGCCAGACUUAAUCGUCAGAAGCGCCUCAAGAAGCAUUGAUUUUCGCUUACGCCGAUCGAAUUCCGCGGCGCUAUGAUGGGUCGGUAUCCUGACCAGUCUCGGUAAAGGAUAAGCCCAUGGCAAAACGUGUGGCGAGUACGCGUCUUAUGAAUACGAGGAAUGAAAUAAUGUGGUGAUGAGGCAGCCACUUACCUGCUUUCCUUUAUGACAAUCUAUGGAGCAACAUGGAUGCACUCAUGAGCAAAUGUAUCACGACAGGACUACUGAAAUUGGACGACGACGAUGACGACGAUGACACGAAAUGUUACCACAGCUUGGCUGUAUGCAUGGGUGGAUUGUAGCUUUGAGGAAAUUUUUCGCUCUUGGAUACGCAACGCAACUCGAAGAUGCAUACUGUUCGCGGCAGAGGAUGUUUUCUCGGAUGAUUGGAAUUGCAUUCGAAGCAAGUGGGAUAGGGAGCUUUUGCUUUUACCUUUUCGGGUUUAUGUACAAUGCAUCAGGCGGCGUUGAUGAUGAUAUCGGAAAGGAUCGUGGUUGCAAAACCAAACCAAUUCAGCAGCGACCAAACCCUUGACCCGACGGACAAGAGGUUGUUGUGUCACAGCACGGCGGACUGACUAGUUUCGAUUCAUGGACUGCAUCGUGGGCAUUGAGGAUGCCGAACAAGAGAUCACGGAAAGCUAGAUGUCUCUCAGGAGUCGCUUCUCUGCUACGGUCUCCAGUGAAGAUCGUGAGGUGCUUUCAGAUUUCCAACUUCCAUACUACCAGUGAGGCGACACAGAACUCACCUUAUUAUCACCUAUGACACGAUCAUGAAAUAGCAUUUGCAAUUUGCAACUUUGUCUAUUCUUGGAGUCACAAUCCUGUAUCUUAG